GUAGCUGUACAUUGGCUUUGGAUUUCAUACAUCUUAAUCUGUGGUCUUUCGUUUUUAAACGUUUGCGACUUCAGACUUGUGUCACGACUCACUUAGGUAUCAAAAAACAUAAAUGGUGCGAUAGUAAACUAGCUGUGACGUAUUAAUUUAACACGGAUGAAAAGAGGGAAAUAUAAAUUGGUGUUGAUAAAUUAGUAAAUUAGUUUUCAAACUAUACAGACGUGCGGUGAACUUGUUUCGUUUCGAAUUGAAAGUUUUGCAAAAAAAUAAAAAUAUCGGUGCUUAAAAAUGAACUACUGGUGUUUUCUAUUCAUAGGUGUUUUUCUUCUGAUAUUUGUUGAUGGGGCUGUUGUACCGGAAAGUAAUGAUGUAGAGCAGCAAGGGCUAUAUAGUAAGUCGGACCAUGUAACUGUAUUAACCAACAAAAACUUUAAUAGAAAAGUUUAUGGCCAAAAAAAUGCUUACUUAGUCCAGUUUUACAAUAGCUAUUGUGGACACUGCCGCGCAUUUGCACCGAAAUUUAAAAACUUAGCUGCUGACGUCUCAGCAUGGAAAAACAUUAUAAAAUUGGCUGUCAUAGAUUGUUCUGUGGAGGAAAAUAAUGAAAUAUGUAGGCAAUUUGAAGUAAUGGCAUAUCCAUCUUUACGCUACUUACAUGAGUUUUACAAAAAAGGAAAUGCCUUUGUGGGGGAAAAGUUUCAGCUAGCUGAUACAGCAGAUAAGCUAAGAACUCAAUUGAUUGCUAAAAUGCAAUCUGAACAAUCUUUAGGCCGUCUAUCAUCAGCUCCUCGUCUCAAUAUAGCUUCUUAUGAUUCUUAUACUACUGCUUUGAGUACUAUGCCCAAUGAUGUCACAUAUACUUUCCUAGUUUUUGAAAAUGAGAAUUCUACUAUUGGUUCAGAGCUGGCUCUAGACAUUAAUGACUAUGAGCAUAUAAAGGUUCUAAGAGUUCAGGAAAAUAGUGAAUUGGCCACAGUAGCAGGUGUCACAAGAUUUCCUGGAUUAGUUGCAGUAAGAUCAACUCUAGAACCAACUCCGCUCACACCUAAGAAUCCUACUAGACAAACCCUGCUAAAGGCUGUUAAUGCAUUUUUAAGGUCUAAAAAUUAUGAAUUGCCUGCUAGAGAUGUAGAAAUUGAUGACAACAAUGAAAACUUCAUAUCUAAAGAUAAUCCAGCCCAAGAUCCUGAUGUUGUUUACUAUACAGACUUAGAGAAAACACUCAAGACGAGUCUACAUACCGAAAUUACUAGACAUAAAGUACUAAGUGGUGAACCUUUACAAGCGCUCCUGGAUUAUUUGGAUGUGCUUAUUGUAUCAUUCCCAGCUAGAUACAAUUUAAAAGAAUACCUAAUAGACUUACGCAAUAACCUGAGCAAAAAACCUCAAUGGAGUGGAAGUGAAAUAUAUGAAACUGUUAAAAGGUUGGAACAUAAUUAUAAUACAGUAUUUUCACCCGAGCUAGAAUAUGUAGGAUGUAGAGGAAGCCAGCCACAAUAUAGAGGGUAUACUUGUGGCUUGUGGGCUUUGUUCCAUACAUUAACCGUAAAUGCUGCACAACAGCCUGGCAUAGAAGGCCCUAAAGUAUUGAGAGCGAUGCAUGGCUAUGUCAAACAUUUCUUUGGUUGCACAGAAUGCUCUCAGCAUUUCCAAAGUAUGGCUGCUCGGAAUAGAAUAUUUGAUGUAAAAGAAAACGACAAAGCUGUACUUUGGCUUUGGAUUUCACACAAUGAAGUGAAUUUAAGGUUGGCAGGAGAUGUCACUGAAGAUCCUGAACACCCCAAGAUACAGUUCCCAAGUGCUACUAAGUGUCCGGAAUGCAGACAGACCCGGGGCGCCUGGAACUUACCCAAUGUGUAUCAAUAUUUGCAAAGGAUGUAUGGAGCUGACAAAAUACAAGACGCUAGAAGAGCAAGAUCGACAGCUGCCGCACAAAGCCCUCUGUCUAACCUGGAUAUUGGAAUGCUAAGCCUUCUCAGUUUGCUUCAUCGCGUCUGGAGAGAAUCGUCUUUUAACUAGAGUCAGGUAUAUGGCGGCUUGACUAAUGUUAGAAGGAGGUGUUGAACAACGAUUAUGAUACAAGUUCUUUUGAAGAUUCGACCAGUGAAUAAUCUCAUAUUGUAGAAGACAAAAAAUUAGUGCAACUAGUUUUAAGCAAAAUAUGUAAUUUCUUUAAUUGCGUUAUCCUGCAUAAUUAAUAAUUCAAAUAUUAAUAAUACAUGUUAAUAUAAUACCUGUACUAUGUAAAUAAAAUCUAUA